AUGCUACCGUAUUUCAUCGUAUUCUUACUGUAUUUGGUUACGGUAGCAGAAUGUCAGGUCGCGACGACGAUGCCUGCCAUCGUGCUGACGACGGAAGAGGCGGCCGAAGUCGAAGAUACAGGUUAUUUUUAAUUAAUUGAAUGCUGUUUCUGCUUCUGGGAGUUCAUUAGAAAGAUGAAAAAUCGCCUUUUCUGAAUUUAGAUCUUAAAAUGAAGGUAAUUUACUGGAAGCCAUGGUAUACGCUUUGUUGCUGAAAAUCCUGGCGAAGUUUGCUGAAACCAAAUGAGCUUACCGUUUCAAAAUUUCAACAAAACAAAGUUUUUCGAAAAUUCUUGCACCUCCCGUGAAAACUACCGCCUUUGGCUGAAAUAUUAUAUAACUUUGAAGUUUUUGAACUUUAUCUUCCUUGUGAAACGGAAAUGUUGGAUAAACUUGAACAUGGAAAUUAUUUUUUUAUUUUUAAUUUAAAAAAAUAGAUUGAGUGAAAAAAAUUUGAAAUUAUGCUCGUUGAAAAGUGAAAAAAAUAAGAUCACCUUUCAGAAUUUUUCGUCCCUGUAAAGCAAAAAAAUCAGAUUUACUUAAAUUUUUGAGAGUUAUCUCCCUUGUAAGGCAAAAAAAUUAAAUUAACCUGAAUAUUCGAAAAUUAUUUUUCCUUGUAAGCUAAAAAAAUCUUAUUCUUCUUGUAGGGCAAAAAAAUCAUGAUUAACUCGAAAAUUUGGAAAAAUUAUCCACUUAUAAAAGCAAAAAAAUCUGGAAUCUGAAAAUUUGGAAAUUACCUUUAUUGUAAGGCGAAAAAAAAUUUGACUAGCUUGAAAAUUGAAUAUUAUCCUCCUUGUAGGUCUAACAUUUGGAUUAACUCGAAAAUUCGAAAAUUAUCGUUCUUGCAAAGAAAAAAAUUGGAUUACCCUGAAAUUAGUUCAUCUUGAAAGCAGAAGAAUUGGAAAGUGUUCAAAUUUUGAAACUUACCCUCAUUUCGAAACAGGAAAGUGGGAUAAACUUGAAAAAUUUGCCUUACAAGGAGCGUAUUUUUUUUUCUUUUUUUUUGUCGCUUUUCUUUUUUUUUUCUCAUGGUAUUAAAUUCUGAACUUGAAAAAGAUUAGAUUUAUCAUUUUUUUCAGUGGGAAAUUUUUUUCUCUUAAAACGGGUCCAAAGUUUAUUGUUUCCCACGUCUAAUUUAUUUUUCUGUGGCUUUAUUUUUUUAAAUUUUUUUCGGGUUAUUUUUUUAAAAAAAUAGCGGGGGUGGUGCUUCUUGAGAAAAAGAAAAAAAUUUUUCUUUUUUUAAGAUUUUUUUAUUUUAGUGGGACCCUCAAUUUUUUUGCGAUUAGAGAUCAAAAGCUCUGUUUCCAAGCCUUUUUUUUAUUUUUCCAAGUCAAAACAUAUGACAAAAACUCGUCAACUAGUCCAACAGCUGAAUUCUGUUUGAAAGAAGGAAAAAAAAAGAUUGAUAGUUUCUGAGAAUAGCGAUUAUUGCUGAUAAUUGCACAUGUCCGAGACGGGGAAAGCUUUCGGAUGGAAUUCAAAGAUGGAUUUUUCCGCAGGAAGGACCUUGACGUCGGAUUGGAUCGUCGGAAUCGCGAUGAUGGUCCUUUCGAUGGCCUGCGCCGUCGCCUACUCCAUUAUUCUAUUCGUUCGUUUUCCCAUUUUUUGAAUAAUUUCACUAGGAAAGGCUUUGCUAGUAGUACGCCUCCCAUCUCCGAGGAGUGAACGUGGAGCAGCGCAAGUGCGCUCGAAUACGGUUUUGAUAUCGCGAGUUCGAUCCUCGCAGCGGCCAUUUUUCUCAUUUUUCAUGAAAAAUAGCUUUUCUCCUCAAUCUUGUGGUUUUAUACUGUUUUAAUAACUUAUUAUGACUUUGAAAAAAACGAAUUAAACUACAUAUGAAAAUAAAAUGAACGACCAAAAGUGUAAAAUCUAAACUUUCAGUACUAAAUUUCGCGACUUUUUUCACAACUUUUUUUGUUCUCAACCUUUUUCGAAAAACUAAACUGUUUUGAAUAGGUAAUUUGAGCAGCUAUCCAACCAUAUUAAUAUUGAAGCUCGAACAUUUUUUUGAAAAUUUGGUUGUGGUCCCUAAGGAAAGCGUUUUUGCAGCCAAAAGCCUUUCAAAUCGAGAAAAAUCGACUAUACUAGAAAAAUUUUAUCAGUGUACCCAAUGUCAUGAACCAGGUGUCAGCGAGAGUUAGGCUAUACCGCACGCGAUAUCGCUCUCCUCUCGCGAUAUCGCUCGCCUAUCGCGAUACCGCUCGUCUCUCGCGAUAUCGCUUGCCUCUCUCGGACGUCUUGCGCUAUAUAUCGCUCUUUGAAAAUCUUUAUUUAUUUUUUAGUUUGAUUCUUUCAAUCAAGUGAAAAAAAGAAAAUUGGUUUUUCAAAUGAGAAAAAGGCGGUUUGGCUGCGAGACUUUGGCGAUAUCGCGUCAAGGAAUUUUUCGACUAUAUCGCGCUGCGAAAAAAAAAAUGAAAUUUUAUAUUUGAGUUCUUCUUUUAAAUUGAACAAAUUUUGAACAACUUUGAAGAAAAGUGAAUUUGAAUUACGAAUUGCCCUUUUGCAGCAAGUUCGCUCCAUAGACAUAUUUAAAUUUUUGUUCGAUUUUUUCCCAAUAUUUCUUUUUGAUUUUUUCAAAGUCUCAGCCUCGAAAGAGUUUUUGAAUACUUUUUCAUUGAACUCGGAAAAGGAAAUCGGGCUUUUUUCAAGUGGCUGCUUAAGUGUUUCUUGAGGAACCUCUCUAGUGGCCACUAUAGUUUUUUUUUCAUCAUACUGAAAAUUCCUUUCAAAUUGUUCAAAUGCAACUUUUCUACUGGAAGUUUCUAAAAAAAAAAACUGAAUUUUUAGACGAUUUGGAACGACAAGGAGUUGAUCCGGAUGGCAUCUUAUAAACUAAUGUUCGCCCUGGGAAUAUUCGACGUCAUCCAGUGUUUACCGCAUUUCGUGACCGGAAUCUUCACGAUUUGCCAAUCGACCUUUCAUCCGGGAUUGGCUAAGGUAUUAUUUCUUUAGAAAAAAUCCUGAACGUGUAAUCUUUUUUUGUUUUGUUUCACAUGACGCAUAGGACCUUCCAGUUAGGAAAUUUCUUCGAAAAAUGAGAAAAUAGAAUGGAAAAUGUUUGAUUUUGAGAGCCCAGAAGCUAUUACUUACAGAAAAUCUUCUUCAAGGGAUUUUUUUCAAAAAUUGGAACAGGCUCAAAUUUUUUUCAAAAUUUGGAAGAAAAAUGCUCUGAUUAUCUCAAAAUUGUUUUUUUUUUUGUCUACAAUUAACAAUGAAUUUGAAUUCGAGAAUUUUCUAUCAUUAGUCUUUAUUUUCCCUGACUUGAUAAACCGUGGUCGCACGUGGAAUGGGUCGAUAUAUUGACAUUCAACUUAAGGUUCAAAUUCACUAAUUCUAUUGAUUUGAACAGAGAAUCGAUUCAAAAUUAUAACUUGGGAAUUAUAAUUUUUUCAUUUUUAGUAUUUUCAAAUGGAUAAAACACAAAAAUGGAUCAAAUAGGAAAUUUUUUUGCCGAUUUUCAGGAAAUUUCAACAUUUUAAAUUAACAUAUACUGCCAAAGUCGGAAGUGCGGAAAACGGGUGCAAAAAGGGAGUGACUGCAAAAUGGCCGCUAAAAGGGUCCCUUUUUACGGCCUUUAUUGAGCCUUUCAUUUUUUUGGUGGGUUAAAAAAAGGGUCAUAAAAAGGGCGAAAAAAGGGAGAGGCCGCGAAAAGGGUGAAGAAAGAGUGGGGGUUCAAAAAGGUUCUGAAAGUCUCUGUUAUUGAUGAUUUCCGAUGUUAUUACUGUAGCUUAUUUCGGUUCAUACGCGGUCACUUGUAAAGAUUAUUCUCAAUUUAAAAAAAAUUGUAUUUCUCAAAAGGGUCCAAAAAGGGUGGAUGAAGGCCGAUGAAAGGACGCAAAAAGGCAGUAAAAAGGAAACCGUUUAGGAACAAUUUCCGGAAACAGACGGAUCCGUAACGGACGCUCAAAGGGCCCGUGAAGGGUCAUUCCGACUUUGCCUAUGUCUUAACAUAUACAAAGUCGGAAAAAGGUGAAAAAAGGAUCCUUUUUUGCUGCCUUUUUGUGUCAUUUUCUCGGCCUUUAUGCACCAUUUUUGCUGCCUCUUUUUGCAAGCGAUUUUAUAGGAGAAUUUCAAUUCUCCUAUAUCGAUAUAAAUUGUGAAAUUAGGUUAAAAAUUUCAAAUCAUGAAGCAAAUAAUUGUUGAUGAUAGUUCUAGAAGUGAUUGAGGAUCAAUUGAAAUUUUUUUUUUUGAAUUGGGCUUCAAAAUCUUCAAAAUUUUCCCAAAUUCUUUCAAUAUAUUUUUUUUUCUCUGAUACCUAGCCCCUUUCAUCUCUUCGGAAGUAGUUUGAAUCUAAAAAAAAUAUUCUGCCCACUUUUGGAGUCACUUAAUCAAAUUUCUCGUCGAAAAACGCACAGGUGUAGGUGAAUACCUGGGUUUUAUUGGGCUCAAAAAACCGAAUAAGCUGUAAUUUGUUCAAAUUUCGUGUUUUCCAAUGUUGCGAAAUGAACAAUGAGGAAGUUUUUUGCGUUUUUUCCAUAGAUCUUAAGUUAUUUUCAUAUUCUUAAGCUCAGAAAUAUAAUUUGUACUUCAAUUUUGAUGCAAAAUAGCAGUUUCCCAAUUUUUGUUUUACUUUUUCAACCCUAUUUUCGAAGAAAUUUCAGCUUAUUCUACUUUUGAGUAAACUACAUUCACUUCCAUGUGACUUCUGAUCAUCUAAAAAAUUCAAAAAAUUAAUUACAACUUUGUUAAAAAGUCACAUGUAAAUUACACACUGAAAUUUGGUAAAAAAACAAGUAAUUUCAGAGGCAUUUCGAACCAGGUAAUUAUAGAGAAAUGGUCAAACUUCGUUUCGUUACUUGAAAAUGAAGAAAAUUGGGUCUUCAGGGGGGUUUAAUUUUGAAAAGAAAGAUGCGAAAAAGUUUGAAAAAAAUCCGAGCAAAGUUUUUUUGAAAAAUCAAGUUUUUUUCUUGAUUAUAAUGGCGAGCUUUCAUGACGAAAAAAAUUUGUUUUUAUUAAAAAAACAAGAAAAAAAUUUAAAAAAAUAAAAAGUCGAGAUGAACUAAAUGAAAAAGGAGAAAAAAAUCGUAUUGUACUUUUUUUCUCGAAAAAAAUGUAUGUAAUAUCUGUUUUUCAUAAAUUUUUCGCUUAAAAAAAUUUGAAAAAAAAAUUUUUUUCGAAUAUCGAUUUACAGUCAAGUUAUGAUGCUAGAAAAAUCCGCGAAAACCUCAACUUCGGAAAAAUUAUCGACUUUUUUUAAGCUGUUGGAAGCGUAAUAACUCGACUAAAAGACAAAAAAAAAAGGGGGGGGGGAAUUUUCCUUUUCUAUUUAUUGAAUCAAGAAGUUUUUCCAGUACUUUUUCAGCUAGGUUUAAUCAACAAAUGACCUAUCGAUUAAUUUUUUUGAUAUAUUCAAAUAUAAAUCCUCAUUUCAAAAAGAAAAAAAUUCCACAAAAAAAUUUGAUUUUUUUAAUGGUAAUUUUUUUAAAUCGAAUUUAAAAUUAUACAUCUCAUCAAGGAAAGUAUUUGAGCCAUUUCAAUUUUUUUCAAUUUGAACCUGAAAAUUCCAAUUUCAAAAAAAUAAAUCAAUCCACAAAAGAAAUUCUUAUCUCAAAUCCCACUUUCAAAGGUCAAAUAUAAAUUUCCAUAAAGAAGUGUUCCCCGGUCUUUUCUCUCCACAGUUUUUGAAAAAUGUUAAAAUCAGGAAACUUUUUUGGCCAGGUGAAUCACUUUGGAAGGAAAAAAUUCAUUCAUAGGUGAAGUCGGAAACGGUGGGAAAAGGCUUCGUAGAAAUUUUCCUUUUUUGCUGCCUUUUUGCGCCAUUUUCGCGGCCAUCUUGCGGCCUCUUUUGAGCCUUUUUGCUGCCUUUUUGCUCCCUUUUUGCUGCCUUUCUGCAAUCUUUUUGCUGCCUUUUUGCUCCCUUUUUGCUGCCUUUCUGCAAUCUUUUUGCUGCCUUUUUGCUCUCUUUUUAAUGCCUUUUUGCUGCCUUUUUGCUCCCUUUUUGCGGCCAUUUUGCUGCCUUUUUGAUGCUUUUUUGCGGCCAUUUUGCUGCCUUUCUGUGACCUUUUCGCGACCUUUUUGCUCCCUUUUUGGUGCCUUUUUGCUGCCUUUUUUCUGCCUUUUAGCUGCCUUUUUGCUCCCUUUUUGCAGCCUUUUUGCAGCCUUUUUGCUUCCUUUUUGAUGCCUUUUUGCAGCCUUUUUGCUGCCGUUUUGCGACCUUUUUUGAGCCUCUCUUUUUUAGAAGCCAUUAUAUACCAUUCCGACUUUGCCCGAGUUUUGAAUAAAAAUUCUUAUUUCCAACUCAAAAAAAAAGUUUUUCCCACAAUAGAAAUUCUUAUCUCAAGUCUCAUUUUCAUAAAUCAAAUGAAAUUUCGAAACAUGGUCCCUUUUUUCCGAAUAAACGACGAAAUCUUAAGGCGAUGGGCGUUCUGGCGACCCCUUGCUACGUCGCCUACGCGGUCCUGACCAUCUUCCUGUCCUUCAAUCGUCUGAUCCAACUCUGGUCGCCCCGACUGGACAAGAUGCUCUUCGGCGGCACCCGAAUAAAUGUAGGACCUUUUUAAAAGACGGCCAGAACUUUGAUUCGUCUUGUUAGCAGAUUUGGAUCGGGGCCGGCUGUUUUUUCUGUUUUUCGUUCGCCGUCGCCUUGUCGGUGCCCGGAUCGACGAUCCACUACAUUCCCGAAUGGUUCGUUCUUCAAAAUUAUAGCCUGUGUACCACGACUUGGAAUUUCACGGAACGACAUUCCUAAAUGCGCGAGGUCCCAGUGUGUUGCUCGCCCUUCUCCUUUUCCAAGGAGUGCCACGCGGUGUUUUUAGGUGUACCUCAAACUUGGGUAAUUAAACCUUUAUUAUAAAAAUAAACAAACGAAACGAAAUAAAAUAAUACAAAAGUAAAAAGGAGUAACGAUCAGCCUGGCUGAUCGUAUCGGGGAAAGAAUGAGACAAUCGUGGGUCCCGUGAGCUUUUAUAAGCUCGGUGACGACACGAUCGUGGGGGUGGCGAAGCGUCUGAAAGGUUUCUUAAAAGCUUCUAAAAGUUUUGUUAAAACCUUCUAAAAGGUUUGGUUUAAUGGUCAGAACUUUGAGUUCUGACAAUUCCGCUGUGCCGCUGCGUGGCUUUGCGAGCCUUGGUCGCGCUUUUAUUUUUUUUUUCUUUCAUUAAGGUGCUCUACUUUCAUAAGCUCCCACAUUGAAAGCGUGACCUAGAUUCGAAAGACGCUUCGCGAACGCACGCAGCGGAACAGCGGAAUCUCGUUCCGUGAAAUUCCAAGUCGUGGCACACAGACUAUAACAGUCUUCAAUGUUUCAAUCACGUGUUUAAAUCUUGGUUUUUUCAUCCCCGAACAAUGCGACCGCUCUUAAAAAAGCUCCGAAAAGUUUUGAAUUUGAAAAUUUCCUUCAUUUCUUCUGUAAACUUGCUUUUUGGUUACGAAUGGUUUUAUUGAUUUUGGUCGCACGGAGAAUGUCUCGACGUGUCGCAAGUCCCAAACGUGCCCCCGACCGAGGAGCGGCUUUCGCGAACUUGCCUAGAUCCGCUCGGUUUCGAAAUUUAAAUUGAAAAACAAAAAAUGGCCAGAAUACGACAUUAUAUGCCACAAAAAUGGCCCUGAAGUCUGCCGAAAAUCCGAUUCUUUUGAGAUAAAUUUUCUCAAAGGCUCAAAGUAAUCAAUUUUUAAUUUUUUUUUAGGGUCUUUUUUCGAUUAAAAUGAGUUCUGGAACUCCAAAAAAACUAUUUUUAUUUGUUUAAGAUUGCUUGGCUCCUCAUUUUUUCUUCUCUAUGAUUUUUGAAAAAUUUCCUCAUUUUUUUAAGACUAAGAAAGAAAAAUUAUGAAAUGAAAUUUUUUUGGCAUCACGGGUUUCAUUUGCUCAAAAUCCCCCAAAAAAAUAAUUUUUUCGAUCAAAAAGACUUUUUUUCUUUUUUUAGUUUCUAAUCAAAAAAAUAAUUUAAAAAUAACGUUAUCUGUGUUUUUAAAAAAAGUUGAAGUCGAUCCGUCAACCAACAAAAAUUUUUAACUUUUCACUGAAAUACCUACCGUAACCCAGGAAGGGGGCGGAGCCUAACAGUAACUAUCUUUAAAGUUUCCAUGUCCAGUACAUAAUUCCCAUUGUCAAAAUGAAACUUGAAAUUCUUGCACCAACGGCACGGCGUUUUUUUUGGCGACGGCCCGCCCACAUUUUUUUUCCGUGAAGUGUAGUGUUUUGUGUGCAUAUACUGCAGCUUGUGUAUGCAAACGACACGCUACACUUUACGGAAAAAAUUUUUUUUCCGAUCAAAAAAUUACUUCCAACACGGCAUGUGUUUUAAAACAAAAAAAAAACAGAAAAAUCGCGCCUUUUUUAAAUGGGAAAUAGAAUCGUUAUGGGACCCAGUGAUGCGCCUUUAAUAUUUCCUGUUGUUUUUCCCAUGACGUCACAUGGGUGAAGUUUUGACCACGCCCCCUAAUUUUUGGUUUUGCAUUUUCUUCCAUUAAAAAGAACACCGGGACGGCUCAUCGUGAUUCUGAGAGAACGGGUGUUGAACGAUUUUUAACUAGAAGAUUUUCGGUUUCAAUAAACUUUUCAAUGUUUCGUAUCCCUUUCAGGUACAGCUGGGACUACGACUACGAAUUGCCCUACUCGACCUACGUCCAACACGUCGAAAUGUACAUCGAAGUCGGCGGAAUCUUCGUUUCCGCCAUUUUCUACGCCUUCAUCCUCACUUUACUGCUUCGGACGGUUCGUAUAAUUUUUUUCGGGGUGUUUGAAAAGUAAUGUGACUUUAUUCGUUUUCUUGUUUUUUAUUGGUCUUAAGGCAUAAAUAAGAUGAAAAUGUCCAAUUUUUGUCGCAUUUCUGGCUGUUUUCCUUGAGAAAUCCUUGAGUUCUCAGAUUUUUCGAAAUGAACCCAGCUGGGCCCCUUCUUGCACCCGAUACUAGAUUUGAUGUUUCUAAGAAUUCGAAGUGCGAUCGCUUUGUUUUUUUCUGUUUUAAGGGUUAAAAAAAUAAUGAAAAAUUCAUAUUUUUCGUUCAAAAAGAGGAUGUUUUACAGAAUUUCUUUGCCUAUCUUGUUUUAAAAUUUUUGUACUGUGUAGUGAGAAAAAAAUGUAAUUUAUCGACGGGUAUCGGAAGAGACAAUAAAAAGCUUGAAAAAUGACUUUACUGUUUCGGUCGGAUUACAUAGAUUUUUUGGAAAAUUUAGAACCUGAUCUUCGCUUCAUCCAUUUCCUAUCAGUCAUUUUCAGCUUUCUUUGUUAAAACUACUUUUCUUAAAAUUUUUUUUUGUGAUAACUUUCAGUCAGAAACUUAAAAAAAUCUGGUUUAAACCGAAAAAAAGAAAAAAAAGGAACAUAGCAAUCUUAAAAUCAUCCUUUUGCGUAUUGAAAAGAGGUUUCCAGCCUACGAAAAUUUCGGAGAAUUUUCCUUAUUCCGGCUAGUUGUUCAUAGAAUUUGGAUUACAAAAAAUUUGGAAAACAAGAGAUUUGCGAAUUUUUUUUUUGUUAAACCAGUUUGCUGUUUCAGCGCUUCUGAAUAUUCUCAAAAUUAACUCUUUCCACAUUUGAAUUGUUGUUUGCGGUGCGUGUAGAAGACAAAAAAAGAACACAGAGACACAAAAAUAGUCUAUAGAAAAAUUUAAAAUCUACAAUAGGCACUUCUCUGCGCCCUCCUUAUCUCUCGACGUCUCUCUCAUGUUUAAGUGCUAUUUUUACGUUUCUCUGCCCCCUCCUCAUCUCUCGAGAACUCUCUCAUUUUUACGUGCUCUUUCAACGUUUCUCUGCCCUCGCCGGGGAGGGAACAGAGAGACGCAGACGCGCGAAAACUGUCAAGUAAAAAAUUUUUCGGUGGUCUAGACUACCUCAUGCUGAUGAGGGCAGGACACGGGAUCUCAGCGGGUGUGCCCGUAUUGAACCCGCUUAAGUACAGCUAGACCUUUGGCAUUUUUGCCACAUCUGAAGCCCCGUUUCAGUCCAAAAGGUUCUCAGAUUUUCGAAAUGAACCCAGCUGGGCCCCUUCUUGCACCCGUUUUUGUCCCGUUUUGGCUCAACUGAGGCUGCUCAAAAAAAUACGGGUUUAAUGCUCGACAGAAGAAGAGACUCCUGGCUCUAUGAAAAGUUGAAGCUACGCGAAGUUCGGUCGGAAACUGUGAAGAGAAAAUGGCUUUUUGCAAAGAAGAUUGCUACGGGAGAAGACACAUGAGCGAAGAAAAUCGUGGAGUAGCGACCAUGGGCGAAAACUCGCGAAGUUGGACGACCUAAACCUCGUUGGCGAGAUGACCUACGAGCAGUUCUUGGUGAAAGAUGGGCGACAGUUGCGCGAACCGACAAACAUCUCUUCAAAUAUUCCACGAUUCAGCAGAUACAAGAUUACUCUGAAGACUGAAUAAACGUUAAUAGAUUAUUGAGUUUUAACAAAAAUGAAGUUUCCUUGUUAAAAUUGAAAUUUCAGAAGAAACGCUUCAUGAUAACCAGCAGUUACAUGGCCGAAAUCAAGAUUCUGAUCCAAGCCACCGUUAUAACCGUCUAUUGUACGAUCCUCAACGUCUUAUGGCACAAUUAUCAGGUAAUUUUUGAGAAAAAUCAUUUUUAGUAGACAAAAAUGUCCACUGUUGGUAUUUCUUCCGAGUUUCGGAGUACCUCCGUUUUCGGAACCUUCAAAGUCUGGUUUCUCGAUUACUUUUCUAAUUUUUUGGCUGCUGAGAGACAAGAGUGAGCUGAGUGGCCCCUCUAGGGGCACUGAAGCUUGAAAAAGUGGUCACUUUAGGGAGCAUAUUAGUGGUUUUUUCAUUUUUCAAAUCAAUAUGAAAAACUGGAAGAUCCCUAUAGGGACCACUUCAGCUUUAGGAAGCUCAGGGGUCAGAUCCUGAAUCCCUAUCGGUAUCCCCUUAAGUCUAGAUUUCUAGGGAGCUCUAUUCUCCCCUUACCCCUCUAGGGACCACUCUGGCGACUGGAUCAGAUUUUUUUCGGACCCACAUAUGUACAAAAAAACGUCUUUUUCUCUUUUCAGUCCCCAAUAAUCUAUCAGUUCAGCUUGAAAAUUUGAAUAAAUAUAUUUUUUCAGUACUUUCUGCCCCUGAACAUUUGGUCCUACAUGGGCCUCAAUUUCAUGUGGAUUUUUCAACAGCGGCGUCUACCCACUCAUCUACUUCCUUGUCAACAAGUUUGUGCUAUUUUUUUAUUAUUAAAUUGGUGAUUCAUGGUGACUCAAAGGUAUAAAUUAACUUAUCAAUCAGAGUUUGCUUUGAGAAUUUUAAAAUAUAUUUUUUUGUACCCGUUGCUUUCGAGACUUUUUGAAAAUUACAGAGAAGCGUGUUAGAUCUUUCGAUUAAGCUUUUUUUUCUUCAACUUUCAAAAAAGGUCGAAAUUGAGCAUUUUUAGAGCCCUGCGGCAAAAAAUCCGCUCGAAGAGGAUUCCAAACCCGACGGGCGCCAUUUCCAUGUUCGUCCGUUCCAACAACUUCAGCGGCAUGAAAACCGCCACCGGGACACAAUAA